AUGGUCGCUUCACCUUUGCGCCCGUCUGACAUCGAGGCCGCCUACCAAGGCUACAUUCCCGAAUCCUCCUCCGACGUGGUCGAUCACCGCUCGAGCAUAUUCGACUCCGAAGCCGAUGCGCAGGUGGAUUGGGACCCCGAGUCUGAUUCACAGUCGCAGUCACAGCUUGCAGAGUCCGAUUCAGAGUCCUUGAUGUCGCUCGAGAUUGACCCUCACGAUCCGCUAUUUAACGACUCUGACCCUUUCUCUCCCGAUCUUGCCGACGAACUUGAACUUGCGCUUCUCGCCGAAAUGGACCAGUUGCCACAGCUCCGCGAACAAAGGAUGGCACCCCCAGGUGGCCGAGAUGAAGGCACGCGAGGGCAACUUGGAGGCGGCGCGGCCCGUCACAAUGGCUCUGGCGAUGUUCUUGUGGAUCUGGAGCUGUACUUCGAACAGGGUAGAAACGAGAGGAGACCUCAAAACAAUCAAAACGGCCCUGCCGAUGUCAUCGACUUGACCAACGAACCCGACAGCCCUAUCCAGAGACACGCGCCUCGACCUCCGAUGAAUCCCAGAAGGCAACAUUCCCAAGGCAGGAACCCGCCGUCUUUCACGCGGAGUGACAGUAGCAUUCUCGCCAGCAACGCACCGCCUGUCAUCGACCUUACCGACGACUCACCCGAAGUUCCGCGAAGACUCCACCAAGCUCCGCCUCCCCCUAGACCUGGAUAUACGAGGGACACCGCCUCUGAUCUGGUCGUGAUAUGUCCAGCAUGCAACGAGGAGCUGGCUUACGACCCUGACGUGCCUGUCAACGGGAAGCAACCUGCGCGGAAGGGCAAUAAGCGCCAGCGCAGCGAACAUCACUUCUGGGCCCUGAAAGGUUGCGGACAUGUUUACUGCGAAGACUGCUACGAGAACCGCAAGCCGGUAGCUAAGCGCCCGAAUACCGGAUUUGGGCGCGACGAUGAAAGCAAACUUACCUGUGCAGUCGACGGUUGCGAAACGCAGGCUACGAACAAGACGGCCUGGGUUGGAAUCUACCUUUGA